AUGGCGGUCGCUGGAACGACAUGCCUCAAAAAUAUCAGAGUAGACUGUGUAUCUUCAUUUGUUGAUAUAAAUGUUUUCAAAAGCAUUCUGUACCUCUCUGAUAUAAUUAAAUCACAAUCUCCUACAAAUGCACCCACAACUACAACUACAACCUCAGCUACAACAACAAAUUCAACUACAACCUCAACUAGAACAACUUCAACUACAACCUCAACUAGAACAACUUCAACUUCAACUGUAGUUUACAGCGUUCCUGCAGACACUUACGAAAUGUGUCAGCAUAAUUACAUCAACACAACUGUCGGUGAAAUAGUCUCCCCGAAUUACCCGAACCAGUAUGGCAACUACCAUGACUGCUGGAUGCGGAUCGUGGUUCCAGAGGGCUAUGUCCUCAUGUUCACUUACUUGCUGUUUGAUUUAGAGUAUCAAAGAUCCUGUAUUUACGACAGCUUCAAAAUCUACGACACUGAUUCUGCGGAUGGGCCUACAUUCUGCGGUACCAACGCCCCGACUUUCACUGUCUCUUCGACCAACGACGUGACCUUAGUCUUCAAGACAGAUGUGAACAUCGUUGACAAUGGUUUUCGAAUUACCUUUGAAAGUUUGGCAAUCUAAUCCGAAUUGGAUCCGAGAAACAUGACGGACUCACUGAGGCUGACUUCGCGCAACACAGAACAACGGCAGAACACGCAUUGAAUCUUUUCUGACGAAGUGAC